GGUAGACUGACAAUCUUCCAGAUUUAACUCAAGGAAAGAAAACACAUUGUUUAUCCUGUAUUAGAGUUGCCAUUACAGACUGUAGAUUAUAGUAAUGAUUAGACACUAAUUUUGUAAUCAUGAGGUUCAAAGUUAUUUUAUACCACUCUUCUCUGUACUUUUCAUAGCCAUUAAGUGUAUCAGCAACAACCAUCGAUACGGUGAAUGAUAUAAUGAAGAAGUUGCUACCAAUGAUUAGAGUGCCUUACAUUGAAGACUACCAACUGUGGUUCUGUCCUGGCCAAGGGGAAGCUCCAAGAAUACUCCAAGGCCACGAGUGUCCACAUGAUAUUAUACUGACCAACCUUCAAAAUGCCUUCAGUAAAUCGAACUCAAGAAUGCUCCCUGCUUUUCCAGCCUUGCCUGGGCUGCUUGUGAACGACAUAUACUUGGAUGCACAGGGGCAAUUCAUCUUAAAGCCUGCCUUAACGUACUCAGCUACAAGCCAGCAGCAAA